GACAGACGUUCAGUGCUGACACAGGAGAUAGGGCGUAAGCCAGAUUGUCGUUCACAGAGCGUGUCCAGUAAGCUACUCAUCUUCUUACAAUGGCUACUGUAGGAAAGGUGAUAAAGUGCAGGGCGGCAGUGGCCUGGGGGCCCAACAUACCCUUGGUCAUGGAGGAGAUUGAGGUUGCGCCACCAGAGGCUAAUGAGAUCCGCAUCAAGAUUGUUGCAACCGCGGUUUGCCACACAGACCUGUACUUCCUCCGCGAGCGUGGCCGGGGGGAGGGGUUUCCCGCAGUGCUGGGCCACGAGGGCGCGGGGAUCGUGGAGAGCGUGGGACCGGGUGUGACCAGGUUUAACCCAGGAGACACGGUCAUUCCUCUUUUUGUGUCACAGUGCCGGGACUGCAGAUUCUGCCGGAAUCCCAACACCAAUCAGUGUGACAAGAGCUGGCCUGGUAAAAGGCUGGAUGUGAGCUCUGAUACCACGUCCAGGCUGCAGUGCAGAGGUCAAACCCUGCUUCAGUACAUGGGCACUAGCACCUUCUCCGAGUACACUGUUGUCAAGGAGAUAGCGGCCGCCAAGAUCCCUGACUCCGCCCCACUGGACAAAGCCUGUCUGCUGGGCUGUGGCGUCGCCACGGGAUACGGAGCGGCUGUCAACACAGCAAAGGUGGAGCCUGGGUCCACGUGUGCGGUGUUCGGUUUGGGAGGCGUGGGUUUGGCAGCAGUGAUGGGGUGUAAAGCAGCCGGGGCAUCCAGGAUCUUUGCUGUGGACAUCAACAAGGACAAGUUCCCCAAGGCUGAACUGUUGGGGGCGACUGACUUUGUCAACCCCAAGGACUACGACAAGCCCAUCAGCCAGGUGCUGGCAGAGAUGACCAAUGGAGGGGUGGACUUCGCCUUGGAGUGUGUUGGCAGCGUGGAAGUGAUGAGAAGUGCCCUUGAGUCCUGUGUUAAAGGUUGGGGUGUCAGCGUGUUGACAGGGUACAACGACAGUCAGGACGUAUCUGCUCGAUGCCUGCAGUUUCUAGCCGGACGGACUUUAAAGGGGUCACUCUUCGGCGGCUACAAGAGUGUGGACAGCGUUCCCAAGCUGGUCAGUGAUGUCAUGAGUGGGAAGCUGCAACUGGACGAGUUUGUGACCAAAACCCUUCCCCUGGAUCAAAUCAAUGAAGCUUUUGACCUUAUGGCCAACAGUGAAGGAAUUCGGACAGUGCUGAAUGUUUUGGCACUUUGAACCAAAAAUGGAAGAUUUGGUUUCAUAAGAAGAUGCACAAAAUAAACUCCCAGAAUAUUUGAAAAGAACACUUCAGCCUUCACAAUUUCCUUUAUAUAGACAAAAUAUGUCUAUAAUCACUGAAUUUGUUUUACACAAUGAUGAUCAAGAAAAACAAAUAAAA